UGUGUGGGGUGCCACCCGGCACUCUUGGUGUGCUUGUGGACUGUAAAGUGACCAUGAGAUCUUGGAAUAGAUAAGUUUACUCUAUGAGGACUGAAGCUGUUGUUAAUUCCCAAGGCCAGACUGGUUAUCUCACAAAGGAUUCAGACCAGGAUGUAGCAUUCAAACUUGCCCAGGAGCGAGCUGAAAUAGUUGCUAAAUAUGACAGAGGACGAGAAGGCGCAGAGAUUGAACCUUGGGAGGAUGCUGAUUACCUGGUUUACAGAGUCACAGAUAGAUUUGGCUUCUUACAUGAAGAAGAGCUCCCAUAUCAUAACGCAGCUGUGGAACGACAAAAGCACCUGGAAAUUGAAAGAACUACUAAAUGGUUGAAAAUGCUAAAAGGAUGGGAAAAAUACAAGAACACUGAAAAGUUUCAUAGGAGAAUUUACAAAGGAAUCCCACUCCAGCUCAGAGGUGAAGUCUGGGCUCUACUCCUGGAGAUCCCUAAAAUGAAGGAAGAAACAAGAGACCUUUAUAGUGGCUUUUGUGGAUGUUGUUUAAUGAAGUAUUGUCUUUAUGUUUGUAUUCCAGGUUUUUUUGUCCAUGGUUUUCCCAAACUCUUGAGGUUUCAAGAACAUCAUGAAAAAAUACUGAAUAAAUUUUUGUCCAAGCUUAAGCAGCACUUGGAUUCCCAAGAAAUCUACACAAGUUUUUACACAAUGAAAUGGUUUUUUCAGUGUUUCCUUGAUCGGACUCCCUUUACACUAAACCUCAGAAUAUGGGACAUCUACAUCUUUGAAGGAGAGCGAGUUCUUACAGCUAUGUCUUACACCAUCUUAAAAUUACACAGAAAACAUCUUAUGAAACUGUCUAUGGAAGAACUUGUAGAGUUUCUUCAGGAGACCUUGGCGAAGGAUUUUUUCUUCGAAGAUGACUUUGUAAUAGAGCAACUUCAGAUAUCCAUGGCAGAACUAAAGCGGGCAAAAUUAGAUCUUCCAGAACCUGGUAAAGAGGAAGAAUUUCCAAAGAAACCUUUGGGACAACUUCCCCCUGAAUGUCAGCUGGCUGGCGUCAGUCACCUGAGCAACGGACAGAGAAGUGUGGGCAAGUCAAGUCCCCAGACAGGCAGCAGAAGGGAAAGCAGCUCCUCUCCUCACAAGACACACGAGCACUCCCCUCACCAUCAGAGCAGAGCUGGUACCCCGGAAAGAGUGAGGCAGCCAAGGCGGAAGUCAGUGGACGAGGAAAGCAAAAAGCUUAAAGAUGAGGCAGAUUUUCAAAAAAGGCUUCCAUCAGGUCCGCAAGACAGUUCCAGGCAGUAUAACCAUGCAGCUGCUAACCAGAAUAGCAAUGCCAUUUCAAACAUCAGGAAGGAGUUUGUGCCCAAAUGGAAUAAACCGUCAGAUACGUCAGCUAUUGAAAAAGCUGCCAAAUACGCCGUCGAAGGCAGAAGCAGAGCUGCCCACCCCACACUUCGAAUCACCGUCCCGAGUUCAGCAGAUGCUCGGGUACCCAGCGUCAGGCAGAAGAUGAAGGUCUUGGAUGCUGACGAAGGGAAGCGGGGCUCGAAUGCAUCCCAGUACGAUAACGUUCCUGAAAGUGAGAAUGGCGCUGCUCUGGAAGAGGCCCUCGAGCGGGCGUCCUCGCACAGCCCCAGGGGCGUCGCUUACUCGCACAGUCCCAGGAGGCAUGCCGAGCCGAGCUCCAGUCCACCCAAAGUACCCAACAAGUUUACUUUUAAAGUACAGCCUCCAGGUUAUGCAAAAUACCCACCUCAGUUCAAUGGGGAAGAUCGUGGGACAGGGCAUCCCCCAUCUUACAGUAAUCCCCCCGGUUACCAUGGAAACCCUCCUCCCAGGCACAUCCCUGCUGCUCACAGCAGCUUUGUGCCUCCCCCGUUCACCCUUGGGACUCACAUGAAUCCUCCCAGGAGACCUUAUGGUUCUACUCUUUCAGUCAAUGCUUCUCCAGAGAAACCCUCCCACCGCCCGACUCCAGUCGUCCUGCCAUCCAGUAGAAUAGAAGUUCUCCCUGUGGAUUCUGGUGCCAGCGGGUAUUCGGGCAAUUCAGGGUCGCCGAAGAAUGGAAAAUACAUCCUUCCUCCAGCAGAUCGUUUGCCAGAUAACAGAAAAUGGUCGGAAAUGGGUUACACGUUCAGACCAGAGAUGCAUGGACAGUCGUGGGCUCAAGAUGCAGACCACAGCCACUUAAGCAGUUUACCAAAAUAUUCCACCUUUCAACGUGGACCCUUUCAGGACCACAGCCUCCCAGCGGUUUCUGUAGAUAGUCCAGUGCGGUAUAGAACUUCCCCAGCGCUGGAAGAUGCCAGUUCAUCUGGGUAUCAGUAUUCAGGGCCCUCGCUUCCGGCUCAUCACUACAGAAAUCGGGAUGGACUCUCCAUCCAAGAAUCAGUAUUGCUGUGAGAAUUUAUCUGUGCUUGCUACAGACAAGAGAAUAGAAACCGUGUGAAACCUACGUUGCUGUGUUUAUAAUUGCCAAAGCAGUAUUUUAUACAAUUGUGAACAACUCACACAAUUCGGAUGUAUGUUAGUAAUAAGAAUAUAUGGGAGCGUUUUCAUCCCCACCUAAAUGCUGCUUAAGAUGAGCUUUUAACUUGCAUCAUCACUGAACCUGUCAAAAGGAAUUUAAUGUGGAAACAUAGCAAUAGCAUUUAGGGACGUACGCUCGGUUUCAUUUGUAUCUUUCUCCGACAUCUGAAUAUUCGUACUCUGUUAGCCCAUUCUAUUUUGAGUGAUGUUACAAAGCACUGAAAACCUGAGCUGAAUAGUUACUUUUAAGGCUGUGUGUAGUGUAUGUGUCCUUCCCUAGAUACCAUGGGCAUCUGUGCAUUACACGUUUGAACACAGAACUAAAGAAAUGUUAACGAAAGAAACUACUUUUAAUCUAGAUCCAUGGAAUAAUUUAUUCUUCUUUUCUCUCUAACUUGUCUUUUGGUCAAAUUCCCCCCCCCUUUUAUUUUUAACCCAGGUCCUAAACUGACUUAAGGGUUUGCCCUGACUUAAUUCAGUGUCUCACAGAAUGCUCAGCUUUUUCAUCCAGUUGCUGGCAUUUUCUUUGAAUCUGAAAAUUGAAGACAUUGGAGAGAAAGGCUAACCACUUAAUGGUGCUUAAAAAUCGGGGCAGUUAAAGUAAGUUGAUGGCCAAAGGUGCAGCGCUUAAAGGAUCCUUGUUCACCAAGAGAUCUGUUUUAGUGCAUCUGUGCCCUUUGUUCUGGUCUGACUCUUGCAAAGCUCAGAGCAGAAUAUUCCUUGCCAGAUGCCCAGACAGUGCUGCGGCGCAGCUGUCCGGUGGGCGCCAGCAGGAGAAGCUGCACGUUACCAUCAAGCACUCACAUGGGGCGGCGGAGCAGGCUCCUCUGAAAUUCGUUUGAAAGCAGGAUCAACAAUACGGUUGCUUCUUACUUCUGCCCCUUGAAUUCCUGCAGAGCCUCCUUGCAAAGGGCCCGGGUGGCAUUUACACGAUCUUUUCCUGACACUCUAUCUUUAAAGAAGGUAGUCAAUGGAUAUUGCUGCACUUAGGCCAUUAAAUUAUCGUUGUGUAAAAUUGUGAAAAAACGAUCCUAAUUAUUACUGGAAUCUUAAGAGUUGGGUCUUUUUUGUUUUAAAUAGUGUAAAUUUCAUACUUUCAGAAAUCUUUUUGUUUGUUCGCUUCAGUGAAAAAAAUUCAGGAUCAUCAUAACGAAGACAGCAGUGUCUCUUAAAGUUUUGUUUUACACUACAGUUGCCAAAACACUGACCACGUUUUGGGCACUCCAAGAAAGUCUGACUUUGUUGUCAACAUUCCUUUGCUCCAGUUUGCCUCAGAGAGAGUAGAAAACCUCAGAUAGAUGGCUCUUAUUGUUGCAAGUUGAGACUUUAAGCUUUCAAGGUACAGAGGUGUGUCUUUUAAAACGAGAGUAACAGUCGUUUAGCUCCUGAAUGUGACAAUGUUUUUUAUGUAUAUAAUGAGUCUAAUGUAAUUUUAACCAACUCGGUCAUGAUGUUAUUAAAUGGGAAAGCAAACGCAGUGUGUUCGCGGCUAAGCACUGCACAGAAGCUCAGACUAAAUCCGGGCACACCAGGCCGUUGACUCAGAUCAUGUGGAAGCUUAGUAGUAAAUGUAUAUACAAAUGUAGCUGGGGAUAUGAAUUCCAGUCUUAAACCAUGACUCUGUGACUUGUAAUAAAACCAAGCUGUACAAUUUAGUUUAUGAUAGCAGCCUCUGAGCUGCUCCAAAAUAUAUAUAUCAACAGUGGAAAUACUGUAGAUUUAUAUUUAUAUAUAUAUAUGCAAAAUAUAUAUACACACACACUAUUUUCUUAUGUCAUCUAUGACAUUUUUUAUCUGUAUACUUUUUUUGAUUUGAUUGUUUUUAACAUGCUAACUAAGUAUUUUGUUCUGUGUCUUUUAUGUGCUUUUUUCUUCGUAAGUCAGAAGUGCCGCAUCUCUGAUACUUGGGAAGCUAAUUCUCUUCUGAGUAGAUGGUGCCCAGUGUUUGCCUACGUGACUUCAGCUUGAUCACGGUUCUCUGCUCCAUGCUUUGCUAAUUCCCAGUAGUUCUGUAUUUAGACCCGCCUCACCUUGCCUUUGUUUUAUUCAAUCGUGAGUAAUAAUGAGGUCGUCUUCUCAGUCUCCCUCAUUGUGAAAUGUAGCUCUCUGUUAGUUUGUCAAGAAAAAUUUAAUUCGAAGUUAUUUUGCCUCAGUACAAUUUUAUUCUCUCAAAUUUAUGUUUUAAUAAAAGGUAAAUGAUGAAAUAAUGAUGAAA